AAAUAAUUUAUGUAAUUAUAUUUACUCAUAUUAUAUGUAUAAUAUUACUCAACUAUGAUAUUAAUUUAGUAUACCCAAAGGGAAUAUUGGUGAACAAUGGGUCCACCAAAUAAAACAAUUUCAGCCAGAUUUUCAGCCAACAAAAUACAGUGUGAUUUGUAGUAAACAUUUUGUUGAAUCAGCUUAUUUUGAAGGUGGAAUAAAUGGUAAAAAGGUUUUGGACAAAUCUGCACUACCUAGUUUGUUUAAAAAACGUUAGUACCUACUACCUACCAUAAUUAGGUACCUAUGUUACAUAUAAAUGUGUCACAAUAUCUAUUUCUUUUACUGUUUUUUAAUGUAGUUAUCAAUAAAAAUCUUUUUCCAAGUGAAAACAAUGACGUCGUUGAGGUAUUUCCUGACAAUUUGAGCAAAACAUGCCUCAGUGAUGAUGAGUGUCAGUUGGAUAAACAGGAUACUCAAUGUAUGAUACCAGAACAAAUGGUUUUCAAAGACUCAGACGAAUCAAUAAAUUCUUCCAUUAUAGAUACACCAAUGCCUAUAAAAUCCAGGAAGCGCAAAUUCUAUGCAAGGGAUUUCAAAAGUAUUGACGAUAUAGAAAGUCCAAACAGCAGAUUAAAAUAUUGGAUUGCCUCGAAGAAUGAACACAAAAAUCAUGUUAAAAAAAUCAAACAACUGAGAUUAGCUAACUUCCGUCUAAAAAAUAGAAUAAAAACAAUGCAUAAUUUAAUAAGUCACUUAAAGGAUGAGAAAAAACUAAUUUCAGAUAAUUGA